AAACGACGACGUUAUCUUCCAAAUUUGCGCAUCAGUCGUGACCUUUUUGCUGUGUUGUCUUCCCCAAAAGCAGCAGCUCGGUGAGAGAAGCAAUUCCGCAAUAUUCUUCCAGCAUUCCCUUCUCGCCAUCAUGUUUGAUGAUCAAGACCUGGGUUUCUUCGCCAAUUUUCUUGGCAUCUUUAUCUUUGUACUGGUAAUAGCUUAUCAUUUUGUUAUGGCUGAUCCUAAAUACGAAGGCAAUUAGGGUUUCUUUGCCUCCUUUAUUGUUUCUUUGUUAGACCAUUGAUUUGUUUUAGCUCCGCGGAUUAGUUUUUUUUAAUUAAUAAAUAUAUGAGUUGAUCAUUA